CAGGGUACUUACUACGACACCGGCACCGGUGCUUGUGGAUAUACUGACAGUAACAAUGACCCUGUUGUGGCCAUAUCACAUCUCAUUUACGGCAACGGCGAACAUUGUAACCAGUGGAUUCAGAUCACGAACCAAGCCAACGGCAAGGCUCAGUACGGAAAGAUGCGCGACAAAUGUGAAGGAUGUGCGGAAUACAAUCUCGAUCUGAGUCCGUCCCUGUUCGAAUCGCUCGGUGCGGACUUGUCGCAAGGAGUCAUUCACAUCGAUUGGCAAUUUAUGGACAAAGGCUUCUCCCCGUGA